UUUCAAACCAGAACAUACUUUCGUCUCCGAAGCUCGUCAGCAACGUCAUUGCAUUCAUGAAGCAACUAUAGCUCAUAUUCAAUCUCAUUAUGAUUAUCUCCGGUAGAGACGGUAACCCCUGAAUUGCCAUCAUGAUGCUCUCUUUUUAAGUCCUUGAUCCUCUAAAUCAUCUGUCCUUCCGAAACUCAGUAUUGGACGUGAGGAAAUGACUCUAACUGCCCCCAAGGUUUGGCUGAUCACCGGCUGUUCGGCCGGGUUCGGAAUUUCUAUCGCCCGCACAGUUCUGGCAAAGGGCCAUUAUGUUAUUGCAUCCUCCCGCAACCCUUCCAAGUCCCCGGAACUGGUGGACGAAAUUACCAGCAAAGGCGGAAAGUGGAUUGCGCUUGAUGUCACGAGCCCCGAAGAGACAGUGAAGAAGACCAUUGAAGAAGCUACUGCAAUCCACGGUCGGUUGGAUGUUGUUGUAAACAACGCUGGUUAUGCUUUAGUUGGUUCGGUUGAAGAUUCUAAGCUUAGUAAUGUGCAGGCUCAGUUUGAGACCAAUGUCUUUGGUGUACUGAAAGUUAUAAAGGCUGUCCUGCCUUCGAUGCGCGCUGCUCAGUCGGGUAUUAUUGUGAACAUUAGUUCAACCGGUGGUUUAAGAUCGCUGCCUGCUGUCAGUAUGUACGCUGCUACCAAGCACGCGGUUGAAGCAAUCAGCGAGUCGCUGUCGCUUGAAGUGCAGUCUUUCGGCAUUCGAAUCCUUUUGGUCGAGCCCGGACCAUUUAGAACCAACUUCUUGGGACGGGGGGCAGUUAAAUUUUCGCCAGCUACCGAAGUCUACCGAAAUACUGCAGUCGGCAAGGUAAUUCAACAUCUUCAGGAUGAGGACGGAAAACAGCCUGGAGACCCCGCUAAAGCGGCCGAACGAAUUUUCGAAGUUGUUACUGGGGAAGGAAUGGCCAAAGACAAGAAACAAUAUCUUAGACUUGUUCUUGGGAGGAAAGCCUUUGACUCGGCUCAAGGAAAGAUCGACAUGCUCCAAGAGAACUUGACAGCAUUGGAGGAUAUCACAAAGAGUGCAGACUUUGAUUCUUAGUGGAUUCUACCGUGAAACCAUGUGGAUGUAAAACAUUUUACAGUCAGGGGUUCCGGCUAUCUCUGUUUGUUGAUUUACAUUGCAUCCAUCUCAGGCAGAACGACUUUUUAUUCCUUUUGCCACAAUAUAGGUCUAUUAUAAUAUGCAGG